AGAUUACUCAUAUUCUUUCAGUAGACAAUACACACGAUGGAGAUGGGAAAAUUUGGAGAUAUCUGCAUCGGAUUUAAUUUUUAUUCUCACUUGACCGUUACUCCCUGAUUAAAGAAUGUUUACUUAUAUGCUUAGAACCGUUAUUAUUUGGUCACUUCAUUAAAAUUUCGUGUACAAAAGUUUGAAAUGAAGUAUGUGAAUAUUGUGAAACUAUUUUUCUUAAUUUGUGCUGUUUCAAGGACAGAAAUUGGGGCCUUUCGAUGCAACAGUGGCAAAGAAAUUUCUGAUAUACGAUUCUGUAAUGGCCAGAAUGAUUGCGAUGAUAACAGUGAUGAAGGUUACGGAUGCACAAGGAGAUCUUGCCGAAGAGCUAAAUUCACGUGCCAAGAUGGAUCAUGCAUGGAUAUAAAAGUUCGCUGUAAUGGGAUUCUAGAUUGCCAGGAUCAAUCUGACGAACAAAAUUGCGCUCAACAAUCUCGUAUUCAAGUUCAACCUCAAGAUUGUACAUUAAAUCAAGGAAAAUUCCUUUGCAAAAAUGAACUGGCGUGUUUGGAUUUUUCAUAUACUUGUGAUGGCAGGUGCCACUGUACAGAUUGUUCGGACGAAAGCGGUGAAAAUUGUGACAGACUAGAUAGUGAAUCUUGCAGUUCUUGUACUAGAUCUUGCUUACCAACUCCAGAUGGGCCUCAAUGUGUUUGCAAUUCGAGUGCUUAUGAAUCUAGUCCAUUAUGUAAAGAAAUCCAAACUUGUAUUCAAAGACUUGAUUGCGAUCAACAUUGUAUUCGAUUUAGGAACUUCGAACGAUGCCUUUGCAAUGAUGGUUACUACGAGAUGCCAAAUACUAAUGGCCAAAAAUGUCUACAAAAGGCUUGGUUGAAAACUAUUUUAUUCUACUCAACGGUAACCAGAAUAAAAUCCGAUGAUUUUGCAAAUAGUAGGAUGGAAAUCAUUCAAAAUGGUGUCUAUUGCACAGCUUUGACUGGUGCUCGUGGUUAUUUGUAUUACGCGAGUCUUCUCAACAAUAAAGGAAGAAUUUAUAAGACCCCGAUUGAUGGCGGAAUUUCAGAAAAAAUUGUUGAACUGGAUUCACGAAUCACAUCUGUAUCUGUUGACUGGGUCACAGAGAAUGUUUAUUUCACGAACAGCAAUUCCAUAUCUGUAUGUUCGAAUAAUAGUCAGAUUUGUGUUCAGUUGAUGUGCUGCGGUGUGAAUAAUGUUGUCCUUGCUCCCAAAUUCGGUUGGAUGUUUUACUCGUAUACACAUAUGGUUGACACACUGAUUGAUGAAAAUGACCAAUUCAUUAUGAAAUCCAACAUGGAUGGAUCCAAUGAAGAAGUUCUAUUACCUGAUGAAAGUUUCUUAAACCCAGUUUCCAUGACAACUGAUGAAUUAACAGGGAUAUUGUAUUGGUUGGAAAUCACUGAAGGAAAGCUGCACUCAAUUUCAUUUGAUGGAUCCAAUAGACAAAUUCAUUAUUUGGGAGAAGAGAAAUUUUCAUACUUAGCUGUCCUUCAAAAUUCAUUCUAUUUCGCAAAACAUCGAAAUAAUUCUUUUUAUAAUAGUUUGGCAGCACUUUCACCAUACGCAGAGCAUCAGGAUAAUUCAACUAGUGCCAUAAGACAUUUGUAUGUUUACAAUCCAGAUCUACUACAGCACACAUAUCAAACGAAGAAUCCCUGCGAAGAGUCAUCCUGCACUGGAAUUUGCCUGAUACGGUCAUCUCCAUCGUACUCAUCGUAUGCUGGUUUGAAUGUCACAUGUUUCUGCGAAAACUUCGCCCCUACUGAUGAUAAUAACUGGUGCAACACAGAUGAAAAAUAUUCACUUCAGGAAAAUGAACCUUCCACUACAAAUUCACUGAUUCAAACAUCAACUACACACGAAACUGAUCUUACAACAGAAUUUAUUCCAACUACAAGUGACCUAGGCUCAGAAAACAAAUCAACUUCAGGAUUUUCUCAAACCACGCCCAACGCAGAAACUUCAACAACAGGGUACGUUGAAACUACAACCAUAUCAGGCGAAGGUUCCUCAUCAAAAAGCACCUCUCAUUCAUCAACAGGAUUACCUGAAAGUGUGUUAACAACAUCAGAGAAAUUCAACUCACCAACGACGGAAUCAAAUAUCAAAACUACGACACAGAAAACCUCAUCGAUUCCUAUUGCAGAAGGAAUCAAUUACGUUUUAAUUUAUUCAACAGUGACCAAAAUAAAAGCUUGGUUUUUGGCUAACGGUACUCAUCAAGUUAUUCAAAAUGGAGUCGAUAGUACUGCUUUGGCAGGUGCUCGAGAUCAUAUUUAUCAUGCAAUUGUCAAAAACGAUGCAGGACACGUAUUCAGAACUUCCAUCGAAUCGGGACAAACUGAUGAAGUACUUAAAAUUGAUUCGCAAGUCACUUCCAUUGCAGUUGAUUGGAUCACAAAUAAUGUUUAUUUUACCGCAGACUCUUCUUUAUCAGUUUGCUCCAACGAUGGAAAAAUUUGUGCUGAAUUGAAAUGUUGUGAUACGGACGAUGUUGCAUUGUCUCCGAAUAACCAGUGGAUGUUUUACACCAGUAAAAUGACCAGCGAAGACAAACGCAUAAUAAUGAAAUCCAGCAUGGAUGGAUCGGAUGAAAUCAUCUUACUGGAUGAAAGUUUCCACGAGUUUAUUUCUCUAACAGUUGACGAAUCUAGUGCAAAAGUUUACUGGUUGGAGAUAGAAGAACAGAUAUUGCAUUCUGUUUCAUUUUUCGGAUCUGGAAGAGAAGAGAGAUUAUUGAAAACUGAAAAUCGAGCGUACAAAUUCUUCGCCGUACUGGAAGAGAACUUGUUUUUCACAUUUGGGCGUAAUGGCUUCGAGUGGCGGUUUCCUUUAUGGAGUCAUUUCUGGCAAGACAGUAGCACCAACGAUGUAAAAUUUUUACACGCUUUUGACCCUCAUUCACAUUACGCUGAUUCAGCUUCAAAUCCUUGUGAAACUUCACCCUGCUUCGGAUUAUGUGUAUUACAUUCUGGAUCACCAGGUUUCACAUGCUUAUGUGAAAAUUUCACCUCAACCAAUGAAAAUUACUGGUGUAACAAGAAGAAAUCAUAUUCUGUGGCGAAUUCGAACUUAUUGAUUCAAAAUAAUAAAGAGGAGGUUCAGUCUUCAGCAACCGAACGAUAUCUCGACUGUGACAAUGGGUCUAUUUCAUUAAGAAAAGCGCCUACACCUGCGAAUUUCUCUCUAGCUACAGAAUCUGCUUCAGCAUCUGGCUCACCUCAGAUUGAUUAUCAUUUGAUUGCCAGUGGAGUGUUGGGUUUUAUUUUAGGGAUAAGUACUGCGACUUUUGGUAUAGUUGUUUGUUUCGUUUUUCAGAAAUGUUAUCGUAGUCGAAGUUUUAGGAGAAAAAUGAGAAUACAAGAUGACAUGGAAAUGUAAAUUUUUUUUAUCAAUUUUUUUUUUUUAAAUUGAAAUAAAAUUUUACUACAUGAGAAA